AUGUACUCAGUCAGCGUUGGUGACGUUAAUUCUGCUGAUGCAGAACUUUGGGAAGUGCUUAAGCAAGGUGGUUCAGGAUUGUUUGGAUCUCCAAUGGAGCUGAGGACAGAGCUCCCUUACAACUUACAACAUGCUUGUCCGAUGAUGGAUCUGCAUGAGCAGCUCGUGGUGCCAACGCUCGUGGUGCAGUUGGCGUAUACUUGGCAUGUCCCUAUCCAAAUAAACGUGAGCUUGUGA